CUUUUCCUUUUGCUAGUUCAAUUUUCUCAUCUCAGUAAUUUCUCGGCACUUGACUGAAAAAAGGGGUAAGAAUUCUUGUCACCUGUUUUUGCCACCUGUUCACAACCGGUGUGUUGUUAUGAAUACAUCAGAAAGGUCAUGGGUCUCUCCUAGCGAUGUACCUUGCUACUUUCAGCAUUUUGCCCCAGGUCUGAGCACAAUUUGAAUGGUUUAGACAGAAUGACAGCUGAAGAUUCCAAUACCAUGAUGAGCACAGAUUCCUGUAACACGUCUUCAACUAAAGCCAUUGAAGGGGUUGCCGGUGCCCCUAAUGAGUCUACUCUUCUUGCACUAAUCGAACGUACCGGCUACACGAUGGUCCAAGAGAAUGGCCAACGUAAAUACGGUGGCCCUCCUCCAGGAUGGGAAGGGCAUCCUCCUCCACGUGGCUGCGAGGUUUUUAUUGGGAAAAUUCCUCGUGAUGUUUAUGAAGAUGAGCUGGUUCCCAUUUUUGAGUCGGUGGGGCGAAUGUAUGAAAUGCGGUUGAUGAUGGACUUUGAUGGCAAAAAUCGUGGCUAUGCCUUUGUCAUGUUCACAGCCAAGCACGAGGCCAAAAGGGCAGUCAGGGAGCUCAAUAAUUACGAGAUUCGUCCGGGAAGGUUGCUUGGUGUUUGCAGCAGUGUGGACAACUGCAGACUUUUCAUUGGGGGCAUUCCGAAAAUGAAAAAAAGAGAAGAGAUUUUAGAAGAGAUUUCUAAAGUAACAGAAGGCGUGUUAGAUGUGAUUGUCUAUGCCAGUGCAGCUGACAAGAUGAAAAACAGAGGAUUUGCGUUUGUCGAGUAUGAAAGCCACCGAGCUGCUGCCAUGGCGCGGAGAAAGCUGAUGCCUGGAAGAAUCCAGCUGUGGGGUCAUCAGAUCGCCGUUGACUGGGCUGAGCCAGAGAUUGACGUCGAUGAAGAUGUGAUGGAAACUGUAAAAAUUCUGUACGUGAGAAAUCUAAUGAUUGAAACCAUGGAAGACACAAUAAAAAAAGUGUUUAGCCAGUUCAACCCUGGAUGUGUAGAACGAGUGAAGAAAAUUCGUGAUUAUGCUUUCGUUCAUUUUACCACAAGGGAUGACGCUGUUCAUGCCAUGGAGAAACUGAAUGGAACUGAACUUGAAGGUUCCCACAUUGAGGUGACCCUCGCCAAGCCUGUAGACAAAGAGCAGUAUAAUCGUUACCAGAAGGCAGCAAAAGGUGGACCAACAGAAUCCCCUCAAGCAAACAUCAUAUACUCCUGUGAUCCCUACACACUAGCUUACUAUGGGUAUCCCUACAACACUUUGAUUGGUCCCAACAGAGAAUAUUUUGCCAAAGCAGGCGCUGUGCGUGGAAGAGGUAGAGGGGCAGCUGGCAACAGAGCAGCGGGACCUCGGGGAUCGUACCUGGGCGGAUAUUCUGCAGGCAGAGGUAUUUACAGCAGAUAUCAUGAAGGGAAGGCCAAGCAACAGGACAAAGCGUAUGAACUGAUACCCAGCUUAGAUCUGGCCACAGUCAGUCCAGUCGCUAUGAAACCUGGUGCAGUGGCCAUUCCUUCCAUUGGAACCCAAUAUCCAGUGUUUCAGGCAGCUCCAGGCACCAAGUUAAUGGAAGAAAACAAAAUGCAUCCAAUGGAGCACGUUCUUAAUCCUAUUGCUGUCCAGACUGAUCCGAAUGGAGCACCCAUCAUUCCAUCAGUUUCCACUCCUCCACCUUUUCAGACUCGCCCGAUAACUCCGGUGUAUGCAAUGGCUUCCAACAUUCAACGAAUUCCCGCCACUGGUUUCUAUGGGGCAAGUUAUGUUCCAAUUGCAGCUCCUGCUUCUGCUGCUACCAUGGCAACACUGCAAAAGAACGCGGCCACUGCUGCAGCAGUAGCAGCUUAUGGAGGAUAUGCGACUUAUGUACCACAGGCAUUCCCUGCAGCCACCUUUCAAGUUCCUUUACAUGAUUUCUACCAAACCUAUUAGGAUUUUAUAAACAAAGACUUUAUAAUAGUGAAGGAAUACACUGGUAUUUAUGAAGAAAAAAGCCAACAUGGUUCAUUGUGAAAGAUUCUAAUUUGAGACUUAAACUUCAUACCAAAAACUAUGUGAAAGACCGAAAUGUUUUUUAAAAAUCUUAUUUGUUACUAAAUUUUGAAAGUGUUUUAAAUGUUUUUUGAGGGUUAAGAACCUUUCAGUAGAAACCAUUCUAUGCAUCCUAUGAAAACACUUUAUUUGAAAUUGUCUUGUCUUAAGUAAAUAUAAAAUCUUCCGUCCAUAAGGUUUGAACUCUUUGAAUGUGGACAGUUAGAAACUAAAGGUUAAUACAUGUAGGUAUGGGUUUUUACACACUAUACUAUGAGGUUUUGUGUGAUUUGUUCACUCCAGUUAUUUAUCCUGUUGGUGCCUUCAAGAAAAACUCAGCCUUAAUUGAAUCACAUAUCUGUAGAUCCUCAUAAAUGUAGUAAUCAACAUACACGAUAUAUAUCCUAGCAGAGGCCUGGUGUGGCCAAGAAUUGUGCACAGUGCUAUUUAAAAAAAACUUGAGUUGUUCCUUUAGUGAGCAGCACCAUUUUCUUUUCUUAGUACAUUGGGUACAAUUGAUCUAGGAAGUACAAUAUUAAAAAAUUUGGAUUGUUGAGCACAAAGCCAGAAUGUUGCUUUCAUUUGCUUUCAUAAUUCGGGCUCUUUCAGGGACUGAAUUUCACCAGCUUCACUGAGUAUUUGCAGUGCUGACCAUCACGGGAUUAGGUAUGCAGAUUUAGAUGGGACGGCUGAGGAGGAAAGUAUCUAGAAUUAUGUUUGUCUCUUGAGGCAAGGUGUGCAUUAUUUUAAAGGAGGAAGAAAAGCAAGGGAAAUAAAUAUCCACAGUAGUAGGAUAAGACUUUUUGAUGCUGGAUAGUCAUUUAAGUACGUACACAGGACAGUAAGUAGAAGAUAACCGUUCAGAUGAAUGCUCAACCUAGUGGAAGCAAGGCUUAAUUAUCUUUUGCAAUGCUCUUUUUGUUUUUGCUCUAAGCUCAGCUGAAGUGCUGAGUUUUUGUUAGGACAAGGAAUGAAAUAAGCCUUGUCAGCAUGAAGUUCUAUUAUAAUAACUUCUUAUCAUGUUAAAGAAAAUUUAUAGCUGGUCUGUGGUGAUAAAGUAGUUAUGGGUACUAAUGUAUUUUGGUUAUGUAACAAAUUAGAUAUAUGUGUGAGUGUGUACAUAUUAUGUUUUAAUAUAAGUUUAUGAGCAGAAGUCUUUUAUGGUGCAGCAACACAUGGUAUGUGGUUUGCCACAGAGUUUUACCAAUUUCUUUCAAUGCUGUUGAAGAAGCAAAAGAAAUCUUUUAUUAUUAUGGUAGGAACUAAAUGUAUUUUUUGCAGUGUUUCAGUGGCCUGUAAAGGAGACUUUUAUAUAAAAAAAAGUCAUGUUGAAACAUGUGAUAUUCACUAAAACCUGCAUAAUGUGACCAUACUCUUUGGGCCGACCAAAGGAAACUGUUGAUGAUUAAUAAUAUGCAGUUGAGCUACGUUCAUUGUUUUUUGACCUGGGGAAAAGUUAUUUGGUUAAAAUUAUGUAGAUUAUUAUGGGUUUUUUUUAAAAUAACAACAGAUUUGCCUCUUCACACUUUCAACUGCUUCUAGAAUAGAAGCUGUCAUGCACCGUAAGUACAUAUUGAUAAUCUCCCAGAAACACUAAUUACUAUUGAGAGCCACAUUAUAGAUUGUUCGGUUUUAAUGCUUCACAUUCCACAUUACCUUCUCACUCAGAGUACCUUAAGUAAAUUGAGAUAAGAAAGGCAGCUGUUGCAUUUGUCAACACUGCCUCAAUGCUUUAAACCCAAAAGCUAAUUGAGCAAUCUUGUGCCUCUCGCUUAAAACCAAAUGAGGUAUCUUUAUUUUUUAUAAAGCAAAAUCUCAAUAUUCGGAGGUCACGUUUAAUUUUCCAUUUCUUAGUACAAGUCACUGUUCUUGCCAUUCUUAGUCUCACCGGAAAUGCCACUUUUUAUAAUUCAUGAAUUAUUAUACACUGGAAUAUGCACCCCUAUGUCACAGCAUUGUUGUUCCUUGGCAUAACUUUUUAAAGUGGAGUCCAGUUCACUACUUCUGUAAUUCUAAUUCCUAAUGUUGUGUCUAUGAUAUUCACUUUAGCAUGUUAGAUCUGGUAAGAACUAAGCAAGGCGUCAACUUGGAAGAGUCUAUUUUCAUCUGCACUAAUAGGACGAUUAAAGAGGCAAAAAAUGUCCCCUUUUGGUUAGACUUGAAACAUAAGAUUAAAGUUGAACAAUUUCAAAUACGCAGGGUGAGGAAGCUUCCCUUCAACACUCCAACAGUAAGCAAACACUCCCUUUCUUAGUGGCUAUCUUCAAUGAUGCUGUUGAAUGUCAAGGGGAUUUUUAAGAUCUGAGCAACAUUUUCUUUUUCAUGUAGCCUCGUGCCCCAAAUUAAAAUUAUAAAUUAUUGCUUAUUAAAAUAUUACCCAAAGUAUCAAGAAAACUUUUAUCAGGCUAAUAUAUUCUUACUGCUGCCCAACUUACCAUCAUGGAUUUAAUAUGUCAAAUUCUUCAGUCACAUUUUCUGCAGGCUUUUAGGUAUUGUGUUUAAAAUCAAGAUUUAAUAAUGUUGCCAACAAAAUAGAUACUGCUGCUAGAAAAUGCCUCUUUUAGUUGAAGUGCCUUGUUCUUAGAAGAAAUAUUGGGUAAGACCACUAAUCAAAGUACAAAGAAAGUUGUUCUGUUUUGAAAAUGUAUAUUAACUUAAAAAAGAGGGGGCUGUGGUCAGAUCUUGUGAUUUGUUUUAUUCCAAAAUACUUUUAUUUGACUGAAUAGUUCCUAAUAGCCCAGUGAAAAGAAUGUAGAUGUAUUUAAAAGGAAUAUUUAACUUUCAAGAUGCAUUCAAGACCCAAUUAGAAGUGGGAGAGUACUUUGGAAGAAAAACAAAGGGUUUCAAGUAACUGUGUCAAGUAGUAAAAGCUUAAAUGUAUUUUUUAUUUGCUCUUUUGUUUUUGGUCUGCACAAACAAGGACCCAACAGUGAUCUUACAAGGCCAAAGAAUUGAGUGACAGCUUUUGGCAGGGACCUGUAAAAGGCUAAGUUGGGAUCCAGACGUGCCACUUUCUUGCAGCCAUUUUAUUCAAACAGCAUUUCUUAGUUCAAAAUGUUGGUCUGGUGCAUAUAAAAGAACAAGGUAUAUAUAGACAAAAGUCUUUUAAAACUAAUGUGCCUUAUUAGCAAACAAAAGCAUUACCAUUCGGUGUUUGAACUGUUUUCUAUUUACCUUGUGUUUUAAAAGCUUAAGCUUAGUCUGUUGCAUUUAUAUUCUAAAGCAGUAGUCAAUAAAGCAUUAUGAA